CGGCACGGCCGGCCCUGACUACAUUUCCCAUGAUGCUCGGGCACAGCGGGGCCGGAUAUCCGUUCUGUCGCGGGUUGACGUGUCCUUCCUCAGUGUGUGAUCACGUAGAGCCCGGUGUGGAGUCAGUGUGAGCUGGAAACCGGCGGGAUGAAGACGUUAUUUGCUGCGCUGCUCGCCCUCUUGGCGGUCGUCCGGUGCGAGGAAGGCGCCCGGUUGUUGGCGUCAAAGACCCUACUGAACAGAUACGCGGUGGAGGGGAAGGACCUGACGCUGCAGUAUAACAUCUACAAUGUGGGCUCCAGCGCCGCCCUGGAUGUGGAGCUUUCCGACGAUUCCUUCCCUCCUGAGGACUUCGGGAUCGUCUCCGGGAUGCUGAAUGUUAAAUGGGACAGAAUCGCCCCAGCCAGCAACGUCUCCCACACCGUGGUCCUGCGCCCCCUAAAGGCCGGGUACUUCAACUUCACCUCUGCCACCAUCACUUACCUGGCUCAGGAGGGCUCUCAGGUUGUGGUGGGGUACACCAGCGCCCCCGGACAAGGAGGGAUCCUGGCUCAGAGAGAGUUCGACAGACGGUUCUCCCCACAUUUUCUGGACUGGGCGGCCUUCGGAGUGAUGACUCUGCCCUCCAUCGGGAUCCCACUCCUCCUCUGGUUUUCAAGCAAGAGAAAAUACGACACCCCCAAACCCAAGAAGAACUGAGGGGGUCCUCAUACUCCGGACUAGCUGUGUCAUACCUCACCACCUACUGCUGCCUUCUCCAGGAAACCCCAGGCGCCCCCCUGAGGCAGCUCUGGCACCAUCUGAUCUCCAGUGUGUGGCGCUCCAUGACCUCACGAAUAUUGGGGCAUAUUCAUUGACUUCAACAACAACAAAAAAAAAUUUUUUUUUUUCCUGUGGGGAGGGUCACUAUGGAUGUGCAGUUACUCUGUCGGUGCCACCACAGCAGCAUAAACCCUUAUAAUUGUGUCUAUGGGACGAUUAUUUUUUUAUUUUAUUUUUUUUGGGUGCAAAAGCCUUUUACCUGCUAAGUGUCAUCUGUACAGGGAAGGGGCGCUACUGAGCACUGGGCUCUACACUGCCCCCUUGUGGAACAAUGGAGGGUUUUCUAAUAAAAGUGAAAUAAAACAAUCCUGUGUCUU